AUGGCUAGCGGUCUCAAAACUGCCACCCGUUAUGGCGCCCAAAGUGUAACUCAAUUCGCCGGCUCCACCUCUUCCCUUCGUCGAACAUUCCAGGCUAAUGGACUCCGACGAUUUGCCCACCAGACACAAACCACACCCCCUACCUCUCCCUUCGCUCCUCGUCACCUUCUGUCAAUUGCAGACUUGACUCCAGCUGAGUUCGCCACUCUGGUUCGCAAUGCCGCCUCUCACAAGCAAGCUAUCAAGUCCGGAGCUAUUCCUACAAGUCUCCUGGGCUCUAUGUCUGGCAAGACCGUUGCCAUGAUGUUCAACAAGCGAAGUACUCGUACUCGCAUUUCUACAGAAGCUGCUACCGUUCAAAUGGGUGGUCACCCCAUGUUCUUGGGCAAGGAUGAUAUCCAGCUUGGCGUUAACGAGUCCCUUUACGAUACCUCCGUUGUUAUUUCUUCAAUGGUUUCCUGCAUUGUUGCGCGUGUUGCCAAGCACUCUGACGUCGCAGAUCUGGCUAAGCACUCCACCGUUCCUGUUAUCAAUGCGCUCUGCGACUCUUUCCACCCUCUCCAGAUUAUCGCCGAUUUCUUGACGAUCUACGAGUCUUUCACACCAAAGGCCCACGGCCUUUCUAGCUUGGGCUUGGAGGGCCUUAAGAUUGCCUGGAUUGGUGACGCCAACAACGUUCUCUUUGAUUUGGCUAUCGGUGCUACCAAGAUGGGUGUUGAUGUCGCUGUUGCUACACCCAAGGGCUACGAGAUCCCCGCCGAUAUGCUCAAGAUCAUCCAAAACGCUGGUGAGGGUGUUCCCUCUGCCGGUAAGCUUACUCAGACCAAUGUCCCUGAGGAGGCUGUCAAGGACGCCGACAUCCUGGUCACUGAUACCUGGGUUUCAAUGGGUCAGGAGGAGGAAGCUAAGAAGCGCAUGAAGGCCUUCGAGGGAUUCCAGAUCACUGCUGAUCUGGCUAAGCGUGGUGGUGCCAAGGAGGGUUGGAAGUUCAUGCACUGCCUGCCCCGUCACCCUGAGGAGGUUAGUGAUGAGGUUUUCUACAGCCCCCGCUCUCUUGUGUUCCCCGAGGCGGAGAACCGUCUCUGGGCGGCUAUCUCGGCUCUUGAAGGCUUCGUUGUGAAGAAGGGCAAAAUUGUGGAGUAA